AUGAGAUCUCUCAGCCUCGUCACGAGCAUUGCUGCUGCCCUCCCGGCUACUAUUGCAUGCGGAAGUGACGGCCAUACUGGUUGUUACGGUCCCAUCAAUGCCGUGGAGCAUGUCCGUCAUGUCAAGCGCAUUCAGCCUGGCGCCCCGAACGCGACAUAUGGGCCUACCAGACCCCUCGAAUGGGGUCAAUUGAAUGUCUUGCAUACCACAGACACUCACGGUUGGCUCGAAGGUCACAUAAAGGAACAGAAUUAUGGUGCUGACUUUGGUGACUAUGUCACCUUUGCCAAGCACAUGAAGCACAAGGCUGGCAACAUGGGAGUAGAUUUGCUGAUCGUCGACACUGGAGAUCUCCAUGACGGAACUGGCCUCAGCGAUGCGACUCCGGUCGAUGGACAGCUGUCCCAGCCAGUUUUUGAACAGCUCGACGACUAUGAUUUGCUGACUAUCGGAAAUCAUGAGUUAUACGUAACAGAAGUCGCAUAUCAAACCUUCAAUGAUUUCAGCAAGUUUUGGGGAGACAGGUACCUCACAUCCAAUGUCCAGAUUCUCAACCCCAGCACGGGUGCGUUUGAGUAUAUCGGAAAGACGCACAAGUACUUCACAACAGCCCAUGGCUUAAGGAUAAUGGCUUUUGGCAUUCUCUAUGACUUCACCGGCAAUAGCAACGUGUCUAAGGUGAUCAAGGCGGCAGAAAUGGUCAAGCAGGAUUGGUUCCUCGAUGCGAUUAACACAAGCGAGCCCGUCGACUUGUUCCUACUGCUGGGGCACAACAUUGCUCGUCCUAGCACCGGCGGUAGCACUUUUGGUAUUGUCUACGACGCUAUCCGGAGUGUUCACUCUAGCACACCUAUCCAGAUAUUCGGCGGUCACAGCCACAUCCGUGAUUUUGCCGUAGUUGACCAGCAGACAACCGCUCUAGAGGCGGGGCGAUACUGUGAGACUCUCGGCUGGUUCUCAAUGAGCGGGUUCGACAAGACGAACAGCGGCUAUACUGGUGUGACCAAUCCCCACGGUGUCCCCAACCCAACCCGGAAGGCAACAAACACUUCAACCGCUCCUUUUGUCUAUUCCCGUAGAUAUCUGGACUGGAAUAGGUAUUCAUUUGAGUAUCAUGCAAUUGGAAAGCAGGAUGAUGCAGUGUUUGACUACCACAGCGGUCUUAGGGUCACUGAAGAGAUCACAAGCUACCGAGAACAGCUCAAGCUUGGAACCGUCUACACAGCCCGAAUUGUACUCACCAACACGGGUGGCAUCCGCUUUGAUCUUGUCAAGGGGCCCUUCACCUAUGAUGACAAUUUCAUUGUCUCACCCUUCCGGGAUGUGUUCUUCUAUAUCCCAGACGUGCCAUAUGCCCAGGCGAGCACGCUCCUGGCUAGCCUCAACGCCGGAGGAGCGGACAAGAGGCGGGAUCGCUAUGCCGCCAUGCCCAUCCAGGAGCGCGACUCCUGUACCGACCCCAUUGUCGGCCCAGUUUCUUCGAUCGAGAUGAGAGAUAUGGCGACGCCCAGGGGUAUCACUCGUCGACAGGUGCAGGACCUGACACCUGGCUACACCACCACGGAUGAUUUCGGCACCGACGGUGACGAUACUGCCCACAGCGAGAUUCCCUACUAUUCCAUUCCGAACUACUUCCAGGGCAGCGGAGGCUUCCCUGAGACGGGUACCCCUGAUGUCGUGGAUGUCGUGUUUGUUGAUUUCAUCGAGGACUAUGUCCUUGGAAUCCUCGGUUCGGCGUACUCUGCGGACUCGGUCUCAUGCUACAUCUCUUGCAACUACACAUCGCAGGAUUACCUGAUUCCAUAUGCUCAGCUGAAGUGGCAGGAGAAUAUCGCAGAUUGCCCCAUAUAA